ACGAGAUUGCGUUGAAAUGAUCAACUGCGAGGAUAUUUGCAGAUGCUGCUGGUCAGGACAUCGACGAGAUAUCAAUCGCUUGAAAUUCUGCAAUUUAAGGAGUAAAAAAGUAUAAUUUUCAAAACCAAAAAGAAAUCAUGAUCAGCAGACAAUCUGGCAUUGACGACGAUUUGUACGGAGGAUACAAUGAUUAUCCUUCGAUAUAUAAUACUAAGGAUUUGGACGAGGAUAGUGUGUUCCAAGAGGCUGUUCAGAUGAGUAACUACCGAAAAAAUAUUAUGACCCCGAAAAUACCUGGAACAGCAAUGAGACUGGGAACAUCUUCGGGGUUUCAUCGCACUGGAACUGGUUUAAUAAGUCGUCCGCCAACAGGACCUCGUCCUAUGACAGCAGUGCGGGGCGUAGGUUACACGCGUUCUCGUCAAGUGACAUUCGAUCCUCUGAAUAUGGGGAACACUUCCAGGGGUCCAGCGCCUCCCCUGGAAUCGGGGAAAGAAGAUACUCCCGAAGAGAAAAUAAAAUCAGCUGAGCGUAAAAUAAUGGAUUUGAUUGAAAGCUCUGUGGAAGCAGCACUCGGUGAAAACAUGAGAGUGGCAUUAGAACGGGCCAGAGAAGCUUCAUCCAGAGAAAGAGUCUUAAUUCGUCUUCAGGAACAGGCUGGUCUCAGUGACAGCCACAAUGUCGACUUGACCCUAGCAGUUUUAUUCAAUUUAGCAACCCAAUAUACUAAUAAUGAGAUGUACACAGAAGCCAUUGCCACUUAUCAAGCAAUCACUAGAAAUCGAAUGUUCAGUCACAGUGCACGACUUAAAGUAAAUGUGGGUAAUAUAUAUGUAAAAAUUGGACAGCUGUCGCAAGCUAUUAAAAUGUAUAGAAUGGCGUUUGAUCAGGCUCCGACUGCUCAAAAAGAUUUGAGGAUUAAAAUCACACAUAAUAUUGGAAUGGUAUUGGUGCGAAUGGGAAGACUUGAAGAAGCUGUGAAUAGUUUUGAAUGGGUCAUGAAAGAGAAAUCGGAAUUCAAAGCUGGAUUACAUGCAAUUUUGUGUCAUUUUGCAUUGAGUCAUCGGGAUAAGAUGAAACGAGGAUUUCUGGAAUUGCUGGAAGUACAGUUGAAUAUUGAUCAAGAAGAUAAAUACACCAUCACCACUGAUGAUGUUGCUGCAAACAUUUUGAAUGAAGUGAUUAGAAACGAUGAAUUAUCAAAAUUGGAAACGACAAUGCAGUUCGACGCAGAAAAAACCAUUUUAACAGCUGCCAAACUUAUUGCUCCUGUCAUUGAGGACACUUUGGCUGCAGGAUUUGCCUGGUGCGUAGACACAAUGAAAUCCUCAGCAUACAGUUCUCUGGCUGCAGAUCUGGAGAUAAACAAAGCAAUGGUAUUUCUGUACAAUCGAGAAACCGGAUUGGCAAUCGAUACGCUGAAAAUGUUCGAAAAUCGUGACUCGAAGGCCAACAGUUCAGCAUCUACCAUGCUAUCAUUCAUUAGUUUUCUGCAAGGAGACUAUGAACAGGCGGAAAAAUAUGCAGAGGCAGCGAGAAAAGUUGACAGUUACAAUGCAGCGGCGUACGUUAAUCUAGCUGCUGUCGCAAUUAGGAGGAAUGAGUUGGAAAGAGCCCGAGAAUUAUUACUUUGCGCUCUUGACAGUGACGCGAGUCAUGUGCAAGCACUUUAUAAUUUAGGACUGGUUUACAAACGACAAGGAUGGUACGAAGAAGCUCUCGAAUGUUUCUGGAAACUGCGAAAUAUCGUACGAUAUGACCCACAAACGGUAUAUCAAAUCGGCCGCUUGUAUGAGCUGAUAAAAGACCUGGAUCAAGUUGCAGAAUGGUACAAUCAAUUAUUGACUAUAAUGCCGUCUGACCCCGGGGUGCUUCGAAAAUUGGGAGAAAUGUACGAUAAUUUAGGAGAUAGACAGCUGGCCUUCCAACAUUACCAUGACUCGUAUCGGUUUUAUCCAGCGAAUUUCGACGUCAUUGAAUGGCUUGGGUCUUAUUACAUCGGAAUGCAAGUCGCUGAAAAAGCUCUACCUUAUUUUGGGAGAGCAGUAGAACUGGCGCCCGAUCAACCCCGUUGGCGGUUACUGGUUGCAACUUGUCUCAGGAGAAAAGGAGAAUUUCAUAAAGCUCUUGAAGAGUACCAAGCUAUUCAUCGAAAAUUUCCAGAAAAUAUUGAGUGUUUGAAGUUUUUGAUUCGAUUAUGCAGCGAUCUGGGAAUGAAGGAAGCCCAAGGGUAUGUUGCAGAGUUGAAAAGAGCGGAAAGAUCCAAAGAAUUGAAAGAGAGACAGAGUUCUGCAAGACCUGGAACUACUGGAAGCGGUUCAAGACGUAGUAACAGUGGUAAUUCAUCUCGAGGAGGAUCUGGAAUGAGCAUACAGUCAGACAAUCGUUCGAGUCCAAUCACUAUCCGGAGGGAGCUUCGUUCAUCUCUCAGUGGUGGGCCAUCUCGAUUCAAUCGUUUAAGUAUUCUGGAUGGUUACGAAAACAAUACACCAGAGUCUCAGAAUGAUAUGAAUUAUAACGAUCCCGUUGGCCCACUGCCAGUAAGACCAAUGACAGCAGCGGGCAAAAGAGAUGAUGACUUCGGUGAUGAGGAACUUGGUGACGACCUUUUGCCAGUGUGAAUCCGCCAUCGCAUCAGGUUACCCAGUAAUACUAGUAAAACUAGUAGAUCCAGAAUUUGUUAUUAUUAUCUUCUACUUCGACUUUGCUAUGUUCUAAUGUCAAUGGAUUGUAAAAUAUGUAGGAGGCUGAGGAACAAUUAAAUCAACAUAGAACUUC